AUGGCAGAGACAUCCAUAGCCCCUAGUACGCAUGCACGUCGCCAGAAUGCUCUCGCCGACAUUCAAUUCGCAUCUAUCGUCGACGAUGACCUCACGCCGUCCGAAGACGAAUCACCGGAGGAAAGGGCUUUUGAGCUCGAGACAGCACAGUCAGCAAUUGGAGUCAGCAUAGGAAAACAGCAGACGCGUCUGACUUCGCCAAAAACGCCGGCAGCGGAGAAGGCUGCAGCCCUAGACGAAACGGAAGAUGGCGCCUUUUUCGAUGGCUGGCAAGAAGCUACCGAUUCUACACCGGAGUUGAGGAAGACGACACCGAGUACACAGCCAACCAGACAUAUACAAAAGGCUGAUGUGAGGCCGAAACCCACGCAAACAUCGAGCAAUGACGACCGCGAGCGACGGUCCGACCCUCCAACGAGGCUUCCUUCGCCCUGGCGGGCAGGUCCGAAGACGUUUCACAAGGAGAAGGCAGGCGACCACCGAUCCAUACUUCGCGAACAUCUACAAAGCGGGCGGCGGCGGGCCUCUUCGAGUGGCUCCAUGGGGGAUACUAUGCGCAAAUACAUGCCCUUCAAUCUUCCUACGUCCAUCACCAAAACCUACAAAGACCUUCACUUUUCGCUCCCGAGUUUGUCAGCAUUGUCGCUCGACACGGACAAGCCACGCACCUUCGAUCGACGCAGGAGAGAUACGUUCGCUAGCGGUGCACCACCUCGAGAUAUACCACAGCAAGACGGCGCCAAUCACUCUACUCCUGGAGAGCCCAGGAGCGCAUCAAGAAACCUCGUUCAGACGCCACAGCAAGCCAGUACGGCUCCAAUUCCUCAGCGCGAAUUCAGCGACGACAGCACCUCCACUAUCGCCCUAACACCCCAGAUCCCGACCGACCGACCGACGCCUAAGUUACGGCGGUCGAACUCUGAGGGCUCCUUGCUCGUAUACCGCACAAGGUCUUUUGCAUCUUCUCUCGGCGACGACACGCGCUUCGAAAGUGUCCAAGAGCAGGUCAACAGUAGGCUGAAGGCCCUCAGAGACAGCUGGGCAGAUUCGAAUUUCAAACUGCCUAGCCCUUCAUUUCCAAACUUCAACUUAACAUCUAGUGCCGAAAUGUUCAGGAAUCGUAACGCCAGUACAACGUCCAAACCGCGCGAAGCCGAUGAUAAUGCCCUACAAAAGGCCAACCUCCGCACAAGCGCACCUGCGUCGGCAUUGCAUCGCGACUCGAUAAGAAGGAAGCGUCAGCCGUCAAAGGGUGGAGAUGCAGACUUUGAGUCGCAUCCAUACUUUACGCAAGCUUUACAGGAGCUCGAGGGUGACUUAGUCGUUUUGGGAGGCUAUCGGGGUUCUGUUCUGCGCUCAGCAGAACCACCCCAUCGACAGCUGUGGGUGCCUAUAAAAGUCGGGUUGAAUUUACGCAAGGUAGACUUGGAAGUGCCUCUAGAUCCGGAUGCGGAUGAGCGCAUGGAGGAGAGUAUCAUACCGAGCGGUAUGUUGACCCAUAUUGGCCCUGUCGACAUUGCCAAGCGUCUUUUCAAGCGUUUGAAUGCAUGCGACAAUGUAAAGGAGGGUAAGCUUAGGGUUCACAACUACGGUUACGACUGGCGGCUCUCACCACACUUCCUGAGCCGACGGAUGAUACAAUUCCUAGAGUCACUGCCCUGUAACCAGCCAGGCGUUCCUCCCGAGAAGCGAGGCGCCAUAGUCGUUGCACACUCUUUAGGUGGUUUGAUCACGCGUCAUGCAAUUAAUCAGCGCCCUGAUCUAGUAGCCGGCGUCGUAUAUGCCGGUGUGCCCCAACGCUGCGUGAACAUCCUCGGUCCAUUUCGUAAUGGCGACGACGUCCUCUUCUCCUCGCGCGUCCUCACAGCACAAGUAAACUUCAGCAUCCGAACGUCAUACGCUCUCCUUCCCCUAGAUGGCAAGUGCUUCAUCAAUAAGCGCACCAAGGAAGAGUACCCUGUAGACUUCUUUGACGUUAAUACAUGGAAAGAACACCGGCUGUCUCCAUGUAUAGCAGCGCCGGUACCUCGCCCAGAGCAACCCAAAGAUAGCAACUUCAGCGUUAGUGGUCUGAUGAACGCCGUCUCCUCAGCACUACCCACCUUUCCCGCUCGCAAAAGCAGCACUGCGAGGGACGCCGCUGAUGUGGCUCGUAACGCUGCCAACAACGUCACAGAAGGAAGCGCGGAGCAAGCAGGCAUGGGUCCGCAAAUGGGCCAAGAACAUACUAUGGAGACAUCCAAAGAACCGAAUCCCGCAACCGACGUCACGAUCCCUUACGAUAAAGCAGUAGAGUAUCUCACACGAACACUCGCUGAAGUAAAAGCCUUCAAGCAAGAACUCGACCACCGGCCUCACCACACAACCUCGAACUCAUACCCGCCCAUCGCGCUUAUCUACGGCAAGUCCACACCGACGGUCUACGGCGCGAAGGUAGAGAGUCGGAAAGCUAUAAAACGCGCGGACGUGUAUGAUGAGCUUGCAUUUGCAAGUGGCGACGGUGUUGUACUCGCUCGGGCAGCAAUGGUCCCUAAAGGGUACAGUGUGGUUCGAGGUGGUGUGGUGUCUAGCGACCGUGGACAUGUUACGUUGCUGGGUGAUCUGGAGGCUGUAGGGCGAUGUCUUCAUGCUGUUGUGCAGGCGAGGAGGAGCGGUGUUGGCCUGGGUCCUGGGGCGCGAUGA